AUGGAUACUGGGGCUGGCGAGGCGGCGUCUCUCUUCGGUGCGGCCGACUCAGCACCCGACCUGUUCUCCACGGCGGCAGGCGUAGAUGACCCGUAUGCGGCAUUCCAGGUUCAAGAUGCUGAGGCCACCAAUGGACAGCAGUCGGGACCUGUGGCCUCGGAUCUGUUUGGCGGCGCCGCAGACGGUACAGACUUUUUCAACGCAGCGGAUACAGUGUCUAGUGAUUCAGACGUACAGCCGUCCUGGGACGCCGCUGUUCAUCAACAGUACACGCAAGCAACUGCCGGGGCGGCACAGGCUGCGACAGCGGGAUCAUACUAUUCGCAGCAGUACCAACAGGAUGGGUGGUAUGGUCAUCAGAGCCAGACGUCGACAUAUGAGCCGACACAGACGCAGACAUCUGCUGCGUACGGGAUGUAUAAUCAGUACUCCACUCAAACUGCCGCCCAGCGCGACCCGUAUGCUCCAUAUGCCUCUAACACUGCACCGGUGCUUCCACCGGCGACACAGGGCACUGCUCCUACCGCUGCUUCGUAUGACCCCUACAAACCGACGAGUCAGCCUGUGUCGAACGGCUACGCGACAACGACGACAUCGUCCGCAUACUCAUCCUAUGACCCAUACAAGCCCACCCAGCCAGCCCCAUCUCGACCUGCCGCAUCGCACGUAUCAUAUCCAAGUGCCGCAGGUCCGAAGGUGGCUCGUACGACCCCGUCACUCGCGGCCGCUAUUGCCCCUCCUGCCCCCCCGGUUAAUGUUCCUGUCUCUCCUUAUCGUCCGAAGACAUCUAACGCCUACGACCCUCCUCUGCCUCCUCCGAAGCAAUCGCGGCGCACUUCUGCCCAAUACUUGUUUUCUCCACCUGCAGGACAGCAGGAUCUUGGAGCACCACCACAGUCUCCUACUCCGCUCCCUCCUCCCCCGCGGAAACCUCCUCCAAAACGCGUCGAGCAACACUCACGGAUAGCGUCGCCACCGGUGGCCCACAACCAUCCCGUUCACGAGCACCCAGGACCCGUGACAUCCCAGAAUAUGGGUUACGAAGGGCUCCCGUACGCCGGUGGAAGCGGACCGUACACCGAAGUCCCGUCUAGUGCGUACGAAUCCAAUGGGCAUGCUCAACCGUCUCUGCCUUCUUCAGAUACGAGCUUUCCUACUCAAUGGAACGGAAUCAAUAGACUGGACGUCAAGUCACCGGGUACUUCUGUAUCGCCGCCCUUGUCCGUCACGGGAAUCAAUCAAAUUGCACGUCCGCCGAAUUCUCCCAGCGAAGCCUGGAUUGAGGCGGAGUCAGCCGCAACUACCUCUCAAUUUGCGCAGCCAGGCCAGAUGCAGAUGGGAUAUGCUCCAGAUGUCUAUCCACAGCCUCCAUCGACCUUUUCUGCUCCUUAUGCCGACGAGGAAGGGCUUGAAGUCAGCCAUUAUGAGCCUUCCGAAGCAGUAAAUGUGCCGGAUAGGACGAAAUCUCCUUGGGAAGCUGUUAAUGGACUUGGUUCUACUAUGGCGAACGGUGGCGCCUACGCGCCGAACAUUUACUCUCCAGAGCGAACGAAGUCACCUGGAAAUGCCUCCAUCCGUUCUUGGUCUAGUGCUGGAGGACCCCCUUCGAAUCGAGUACAAUCGUAUGCUGUACCCACAUCGCCCCCGCCUCCACAUGUUCUCCAACAGCCUCUCCAACAGCCUCAUGUGGCGCCUCCAAGCUCCUAUGAGCCACGGAGCGAUCCAAGGAGAGCUGCUUCUCCUGCGUCUAUAUCCUCAGUGACCGGAUCUUUGAACGGAAUUCAUGAUUCUUAUGCAUUAUCCAACCAGAACAGGAAUAGAUCUGUGUCCAAUACCUCUGCUAUGUCUUCGAUAUCCGCAGUACUAGAAGAUCCUUAUGCUCCCUCUCAUCAUAUUCGCCAACAACCGAGCGACGGCUCCAGUAAAGGAAGCAUAUCCGGAGCCUACGACAAAGUUCCAUCCGUCACCGCUGCGCUCCCUCCCCGGCAGAUGACAGCUCAUGACGCAUCGGGAGCUCAAGUGUUGACUGUUCCACCAAUGGCACAGUCAACAUAUGCUCCUUCGCCGUCUCUUCUAGGAUUAAAUGAUCCGCUCGGUCGGGCAUCGGCGCGAGUACCUGUGGUGAGCUUUGGCUUUGGGGGAAAGUUCGUAACGUGCUUCCAUGGCGCCUCUUCACUCAACACGGGUUUCGACGUUGCAUUAGCAUCCCGUCAAUCGACCGAUAUUAAGGUGUAUGUGUUAAACAAAGUGAUCCCAGAGUCUGCGCUGGACAGCUCGGCUGCCUCGUAUCCUGGGCCCUUGUUCUCUGACCCUGGUACACCUUCGACGAGCCUAGUGCGCACAGGCGCAAGCACACAAACAAAGACGAAGAAAGCUCGUGUGAUCAAAUACUUAGAAGAGCGAGCUGAGGAGCUUUCAAGGGGCAUAGGAUAUUUCCACACUGACAGCCCGGAUGGAAAACGCGCCGAAGCAAAGCAAGUUCUUAUCAAGUUGUUGAAGGUCAUGGUAGAAAACGACGGCCGUUUGUCUGGGAGUCCUCAAGUCGAUACAGCGGUCAGGGCAGCUUUGGUACCUCGCACGUCUAGUGGAGCACCCGACACAUUAAGAAUCGCGUCGUCCUUGGGUGGUUCAGAUUUACAGCUGCAAUCACCUCACGUACCGACAUCGCCGUCCCCCUACAUGAGCCUUGCAUCUUCAUCCCAGGAGCUGAACGAUACUCCCGUUACUGUCCAUACGGUUCGUUCUUCAAAUCUGGACAAGAUUCAAGAAUUUCUUUUGCGAGGUGAUCGACGUGCUGCAUGUCAUUACGCCUCGGACGAGAAGUUGUGGGCGCAUGCAAUGGUUAUUGCGAGCAGCAUUGAUAAAGACAUUUGGAAGGAAGUUGUGAGUGAAUUUGUCAGAACUGAACUAGCGGAUAAGAGCAACAAGGGUACUCUGCCCGGUAAAGAUAAGGGGCUUUCCAGUGGUACCACCAGGGAGGCCCUUCGUGUCGCAUACAGUGUAUUUUCUGGGCAAGGUCCCGCAUCGGUGCAAGAAUUACUUCCUCCAAAACCACUCGUACAUGGCUCUCAGUCGCUCCAAUUGCCCUCAUCCUCUAUAUCUUCCAUGACUCCUAUGUCUGCUGGGUUCUCAGCACCUGUUGAGCCGAUGAAUUUACCCGUAGAGGUUCUUGCCAAGUGGACGGAAGCCGUAGCUAUGAUUUACACCAAUCCGAUGACCUUGGAAACAUCUUCUACGCUUACCGCACUUGGAGAUCAGUUGGUGGCUAAUCAAUGGUAUGAGGCGGCACACGCCUGCUACCUCCUGUCGCCUCAAACUUCACCUAUAGGGACGAGCGGUAGAAUUAUACUUCUUGGAUCGCCCGGACCAUCUAGCUGGCGGUCGGUCGCAAAUGACCCUGAUCCUAUCAUCUUGACAGAGAUCGCUGAGUUCGCGCUAUCACUUGCGACACCUGCUAAAGGCCAGGAGGCUUUCACUGGACUGCCUCACCUGCAGCCGUAUCGAUUGAUCCGGGCGGCUGUGUUAGCCGAGAUUGGCCACGUACAGCUUGCAAAUAGGUAUUGCGAGGCUAUUUCUACCUGCCUGAACCGGAGCACGUCUUACGUCAGUCCUACAUUUGCUGCGCAGUUACGGGGAUUAUCCGACAGGCUCGUAGCAGCCCCUCAGAUUGAUAAGUCAGGCUCUUGGAUAGGGUCUAAGGUCUCAAAGCCAAGUUUGGAUACUAUCGGGAAUUGGUUAGAAGGACGUCUCACGAAAUUCAUCGCUGGCGAGGAUUCUCCGCUACCUCCGGAUGCCUCUCAGAAGGGGCGUCAGCAAGCAUUCAGCGGACCUUUCGCUCAUUACAGCACAAUAUCCUCCGCGUCGACUUCUGCCGCACCAUCUCCUCAGCAGUCUAGGAUUGAUCUUACUGAUAUUCCCACUUCGCCUCCACCACCGUUCAGGACUGGCUCAGCCAUGGCUCUGCGAUCGUCUGCAGCUCCUCAAGUGCAAAUCAAUCGUUCGUCAUCUGCGAUGGACUAUGUUCGACCUGCAUUCAAUCGCAAAUCGUCGCCUAUUCCCCGCGUGUCAUCAGCUAGUGCGGCGACGAGCACUUUCGCCGAAGCAUCUUUAUACAGCCAAGCUCUCAACGGACAUGCCUUUGGUAACAACUCAAAGCAAAGCCUGAGUGAUUUGAGAAUGAAUGAUGUGGCUGAGGAGCCAUAUCAAGAACGGAUGAGCGGGUCGACGGGCGGAACAUGGUGGGGAUCACCAGAAUCUAACGCACCCACACCGACAGCUUCCUCAUUUGCACAUAUGAAUGAAGAUGCAACCACAGAAUCUCCGUCUGGAUUUAUUUCACUCAUGGAUGACACUUCUUUUUCGUCAACCCCUACGGCGGCGCAGGCACCAACGUCGUAUAGCAACCGUUUGGAUGAAUACGAUGAAGAGGAUGAUCUUGGAUUGGGCAACAGUACACAUCGCGUGGAACGGCAGGCCAGUGCUGGCGCGCAGAAGGCAGAUACCACACCCGCACAGGAGAUAUCGCGAAACGAAGUAAAACCUGCUGAACUCGCGCAGAAGCAAGAAUCAAAAUCUGCGGCUUCUGCGGCUUCUGCGUCUUCUGGCUCAUGGUUGAGUCGUAUUUGGAAGCGAGAAUCUACGCCUGGCCCUGUCAAAGCCAAUCUCGGUGAUUCGACGACAUUCUAUUACGACAAGGAGUUGAAACGUUGGGUCAACAAGAAUGCUUCUUCUGAGGCUGCCAACCCUGCGCAACCGCCUCCACCUCCCAGAGCCCAGACCGCAUCUCCGGGUAGAUCAUUUGGCACUCUCCCAAACGGUACAACGCCGCCGCCACCGCCUCCGAUACGCCCUGCAACAGCUAACGCCAACGCGUUUGACAACCCUACUGGGCCUCCAAAAGCACCUAUGCGCGUGCGCUCAAAUUUGGUGCCUGCCCAGACGGAUGAUAGUAGCUCCGCGCCUCCUACGCCGUUGAACUCAACGAUGGCUCCCCCGCCUGGAUCGGGACCCCCGCCUCCAGGUGGUCGAUCUACAGCACGAGCAAAGCGACCUGUACGGAACCGCUACGUGGACGUAUUCCAGCAACCGGCCGAGGGUAACUAA